GAUUAGCACUUUUGUGUGAUGGUGGGUGAGGUGACCUCUAAUUGAGCAGUACUAGAUACAUAGGGCGGCGCACAAUUGGCCAAGCGUCGUCCGGAAUUAACUGACUUGCCUAGUUAAAGGUUACAUUUGAAAAAAUCUUACAAUUUGCCACCACAUUAUCUAUCAUACUAAUCGUCAGUCCAAAAACUCUGGUUGAGAUGAUAGAUGAGAAGUCAUUGAUCAUCAGUCAGGCAGAUGGCAGCCAUGUUUGGUCUAGUGAAAGUUGGGUACUUGGCAGCAGAGGAAUCUGUCUGGACUGUGCAGUUGGUUAUGAAUCUCCUCUUUUCAGAUUACACAAUUAGACCUUAACCUCGCCAAUACUGAUCAUGAAGAGAAGUCGACAUCCAAGCAGCAGCGAAGACUCUGACAAUGGAAGUAACUCCACUUCCUGGUCGCAACAUUCUAAACUCAGGAGAACCAAUGGGAUGAAGCCCGCAGAGGUGUUCAGGACAGACUUCAUCACGGCCAUGAAGCUCCAUGACACGUACCAACUGAACCCUGAGGAUUACUACGUCCUGGCCGACCCCUGGAGACAGGAGUGGGAGAAGGGAGUUCAGGUCCCUGUCAGCCCUCACAUCAUCCCCCAGCCGGUAGCCCGGGUGGUGGCUGAAAGAGGGACAGAGGUGAUGUUCUUGAAGCCCAAGAAGUGGAUCCGUUCUGGGGGUUCAGAGGACAUCCAGACCCUGGCUGAGGGGACGUGUCGUUACGACCUCAACGACACUGACGUGGCCUGGCUGGAGCUCAUCAACCAGCAGUUCACUCUGAUGGGCAUGGCUGUACUGGAUGAGACCACCAUGGAGAGAGCGAUGGAGGAGUUCGAGCGGCGUUGCUAUGACAGAAUGAGACAUCCCGUGGCAACGGAGGAGGGGUUUGGCAUGGAGUACGACGAAGACGUCGUGUGUGACGUGUGUCGGUCACCUGACGGCGAGGACAACAAUGAGAUGGUGUUCUGUGACAAGUGCAACAUCUGUGUUCACCAGGUGUGUUAUGGGAUUCUGAAGGUACCAAAAGGGAGCUGGCUGUGUCAGACCUGUGCUCUCGGCAUCUCGCCCAAAUGCCAAGUCUGCCCCAAGAAGGGUGGGGCCAUGAAGCCCACCCGCAGCGGAACCAAGUGGGUCCACGUCAGCUGUGCUCUGUGGAUCCCCGAGUGUUCAGCUGAAAGCUGUCGGACAGCGUUCCAUGUGAGCUGUGCCUUAGACAGCAGUCUGGAGAUGAACACCAUCAUCAAAGAGCAGGAUGAGGUCAAGUUCAACUCCUUCUGCCCCAAACACUCUGGUCUGGUGGGAGGAGAGGACGGCAAGGAGGAGGGGAGGAGGGGAGGGAGACUGAGAGGAGAUGAAGUUCCUAACCCCCCUGUCCCUCAUCCAGUCCCCAACCCAGUGGAGGCCCUGAGCCUCCGUCACAUCAGACUACAGCAGCUGGAGGAGUCGUCACACCAGUUAGUUGAUGUGAAGGAGGUGUCCCAGGCCCUGCAGCUGAACCAGGAGACAGUCCACUUCAUGUAUCAGUACUGGAAGCUGAAAUGCCAAGCCAAUCACAGCCAGCCAUUGACUAACUCCUAACCCAAUACCAGCAGGUGUAUCUCGAACCAUUGAAAUAAAUCCGGAGUGCAGCGUUGGCUGUUGCCUGUGUGCUUGUCUAAUGACUGGGAGAAACAUCACAAGAAUAUGAGACCGGUGUGCUAUGACCCAGAAAGACAGAACUACUGUACUCCUCGGAACCAGACAGACAGAACUACUGUACUCCUCGGAACCAGACAGACAGAACUACUGUACUCCUCGGAACCAGACAGACAGAACUACUGUACUCCUCGGAACCAGACAGAGAACUACUGUACUCCUCGGAACCAGACAGACAGAACUACUGUACUCCUCGGAACCAGACAGACAGAACUACUGUACUCCUCGGAACCAGACAGACAGAACUACUGUACUCCUCGGAACCAGACAGACAGAACUACUGUACUCCUCAGAACCAGACAGACAGAACUACUGUACUCCUC